AUGGCUGAUUCGUUCAAGCAUCAAGAUUACACCGUAGGGUGGGUUUGCGCCCUACCCAUCGAGCAGACGGCCGCCUGGGCAAUGUUGGAUGAGAAGCAUCCCCGCCUCGCGAGCCCAAAGGGCGACGACAAUGCCUACAUGCUCGGCUCAAUCGGCGGGCACAAUAUUGUGAUAGCAUGCUUGCCCAAAGGUCGCAUAGGCGUGACCUCGGCAUCCACUGUCGUCACACAGAUGGUGUCGACCUUCACGGCCAUCCGUUUCGCCCUCAUGGUCGGGAUCGGCGGGGGGAUUCCGUCCAAGGUCUCACUUGGCGAUGUCGUCGUCAGCACUCCUACCCCAGAAUUCCCAGGUGUUGUGCAGUGGGACCUGGGCAAGACAGGGACUCGCGGAUUUCGAAGGACUGGCGCGCUCAGUCCUCCGCCUGCAUCUCUGUUGUCAGCAAUCUCGAGGCUUGAGUCGGCACAUGAGAUCGAAGGCUCCAGGAUUGAGGAGUUUCUGGAGGAGCUAAAGCAGAAACAUCCAAGGCUCACAUCAAAGUAUUGCAAGUCAGCGAUGCUGCAAGACUGGGUGUUCCCAGCGGACUAUCCCCACGUGGAGAAUGCCCCGACUUGCCAAGACUGUGAUCUCAGUCUAGCAGAAAUGAGAACCUCUGAUGAGCCGCGAAUCCAUUACGGACUGAUUGCGUCCGGCAACCAAGUUGUCAAGAGUGCUCAGCUCAGAGAUGAGCUGUGCGUAUCUCUAGGCGGAGGAGUCCUGUGUAUCGAGAUGGAGGCGGCAGGGCUGAUGAACAAGAUCCCAACACUGGCUGUCCGCGGUAUCUGUGACUACGCAGAUUCGCACAAGAACAAGGACUGGCAACCAUAUGCCGCAGCUGUGGCUGCCGCUUUUUCCAAGGAGCUCCUGCUCGAUAUUCAGCCUGCUGAAGUCAGCAACGAGCAAACAGUCAAAGACUUGGUAGAGGCUAUGACGACCGGCGUCUCAGAGACACGCGAGCAGGUACGGAGGAUUGAGCGUCAGAUAGAAUCACAACAUGAUCGCGAGAUACUGGACUGGCUUUCGCCCACAGGAUAUGGGUCGCAACAGACUGAACUCCUCAGGAGACGCCAGCCUGGCACGGGGCAAUGGUUCCUCAACCACGAAAAUUAUGGGCACUGGCUAAAUGAGCCAGGUGCUACGCUCUUUUGUCCCGGAAUCCCCGGAGCAGGCAAGACUAUGCUUGCCGCCCUCAUCAUCGAUGACAUGAGCCGCAGGUAUGAGACAUUGCCCGAUGUGGCUGUUGCAUAUGUAUAUUGCGACUACCAGCGCGCUUCUGAACAGACGACCGAGAAUGUCCUCAGUAGCUUGUUGCGGCAGCUCGUAUCACCCCUCCCACACACCAUCAACGCAACGAGGGAUCUUUAUGGCCGGCAUGCCAAUCAGCAAACCAGACCCAGUCUGGAGGAAAUACUGCGGGUUUUACACGAUGCCGUGAAAUACUACAGCAGGUGCUUCAUUAUUAUGGACGCUUUGGACGAGCUUGAGCCAAUGUGUCGUCGAUCUGUCCUCUCAGAAAUCUUUGAGUUCCAAGCCCGAUCUGGAGCAAACAUCUUGGCAACAGCGAGACAUAUCACAGACAUCAAAGAAUCAUUUAAAGGUGCUGCCGUGAUAGAGAUCAGCGCAGCCCACGGCGACGUCUUGGCAUUCCUGUCUGCUCAGCGGAGUACAUUGCCAUGUGCUGCUGAUGAAGUGAUCUGCGCCGAAAUCACGGCCGCGAUAACAAAGAGUAUCGGCGGCAUGUUCCUGCUCGCUCGACUUUAUCUCGACUCUCUCAAGAACAAAGACACCCGGAAGCAGAUACGCGCAGCGCUGGCCAGGUUUACCGCCGCCUCAAGUCCCCACGGCACUGCCUCCAGCACAGUGUACGACACUGCCUAUGAGGAUGCUAUGGAGCGAAUCGAGAUGCAGCCUCGUAAGGACAGAGCGAAGCAAAUCAUCAUGUGGAUUACUUGCGCCAGACGACCGCUCACGAUUAAAGAGCUACAAUAUGCAUUGGCGGUCGAAGCUGAAUCUGGUUCCGAGGCGCUGGACGAGGACAACAUUCCCACUCUGGACAUGUCGAUCUGUGCCGGGCUAGUCACAGUUGAAGGCAGGACAGGAAUUGUCCGGUUCAUUCAUUUCACAACACAGGAGUAUUUUAGACGGGCCGCGCCCAAGUGGUUCCCGAAUGCCGAGCAGCUGAUUGUUUCAACCUGCCUCGCAUACCUGUCUUACAAACUCCCCGAGGAGUUUUUCGAAGCAAACCUCGACCUAAUAAGCCGUCACGACUUGGUGCCUUAUCCUUUCUAUCCUUACUCAGUCAACUACUGGGUCGACCACGCUCGUCUUGCGCAACAUCAUUCGUCCGUCCUGCAGUUCCUCAAAGACCACCAACGACGUGGUCCAGAAAAUGGCGCGGCGCCUGUUGGCCUCAAGGAGGUUUCCUUCCACACCUAG